AUGCAUGUUAGAUACUUGCAACACAGCAGUCACGGUACUGUUCAAUUGUUAUUAAUGCCUUUGAGUGCUGGUAUUUUUGGUAGUGAUUCUCAAAAUGAAACAAAAACAAAUAAUUCUGAAGAUGAAAACGAAACAGAGCCAAUUCCAUUACCUAUACAAUCAUUUUUGUGGCGUCAAACAAAUCCAUUUCUUGGCUCAAAAAUUAAUAAAUUACAAGAUGCUUCUUGUGUGACAUUUGAACGUGUUAUUGUCCAAAAUAUUUUGCAUGGUUUAAGUCCAAGUUUAUCCGAAGCUAUUUCUUCAAUUUCUCGUUGGAAUCUUGUUCGGGCAUCAUUUCCACAUAUUAUACAAUGUUCAGCUACUUUAUUAACAGAAAGGGCUGGAGAAGAAGAAAGUUUAGCAAUGAGUAGCUCUUUAGUUAAAAUACUUUAUAUAUUACAUUGGUUAUUAAUUGAUGCUAAUGUUGAAUGGUUAGUUGAUAAUUUUUGGUUAUUUUUAAGAAAAAAAAUUUGGAAAAAUAUGAGAGAUUCUCUCAAUUUCUAUCAACCAUUUUACAGGAAAAUAAGUUUAGAAAAUAGCCAAAUGUAUAGGUUAGGUUAA